UCGCACGUAAACCACGACAUACGUCCGACAGUUGUUUUCUGUCACUCUUAACAAUUACAACAAAAGAAUAAACAGAUUAAUUAGCGUGAUUCAAACAAUAUGCAAGAUAUUUAAUGAAGUCGUAUGUGGUGAAUAGUCUUGGUUUCUUUACCAUCUAAUUUAUGAUCUGAAUUUACCAUGUCCAUUUUCAACAAGUGCCAGAGAAUCAUAGUGAGAUAGUUAAGUUAUAGUGAACACUCUACUUUAGUUGGAACUGGUAUUUCCAUGUCAAGUUGAAAGUCAGGUCUGUCCUGAAGAAAAUUAUCUUAAGAAUGAGUGAUACAACAAAUCGUAGACCAAAUUUUUCCAAUUUGCCGGAAAAUGUCAACAAUAGAAGCCACAAUGCCCUUAACAUUAAACCCACAGCAGCUAAAAAGUUGGUCAUAAAAAAUCUGAAAAGUGAACCGAAGUUGCCUGAUGAUUAUAGAGAGCAAACAUGGAAGAAGUUGAAAAGUGCUGUAUUGGCCAUUCAGCAAUCCAAACCCAAUGAAUAUUCACUAGAAGAAUUGUAUCAAGCUGUAGAGAAUAUGUGCAAUCAUAAGAUGGCUUUUUUAUUGUAUCAGAAGCUCUAUAGCCUCACUGAACAGUAUGUUGCCCAUAACAUUGAACAGUUUUUGACUGAAUCAAUGGAUCGUUAUUUGUUUCUAAAGAAAAUGAGUGAUACCUGGCAAGCUCACUGCAAUCAAAUGAUCAUGGUUCGCAGCAUAUUUUUAUAUCUAGACAGAACUUAUAUUCUCCAGAAUCAUAUUUCUUCAAUUUGGGAUAUGGGCCUAGAGCUCUUUAGCAAAUAUAUUCUUCUCAAUACUCUAGUUCAAACUCGUGUUGUUGAAGGUCUUUUAAUGCUCAUCGAAAAGGAAAGACAAGGAGAUCAGGUUGAUCGCACUCUACUAAAAUCCUUACUCAGAAUGCUCACUGAUCUUCAAAUUUACGAUAAAGCUUUUGAGCAGAAAUUUUUACAAGCUACAGAAAGGCUUUACGCAGCUGAAGGACAACGUCUAAUGCAAGAACUAGAAGUGCCAGAUUAUCUAGCGCACGUAGACAAACGUAUUACUGAAGAAAAUGAAAGAGUUAUCCAUUACUUGGAUCCUGCCACGAAAUAUCAGUUGAUACACACAGUAGAAAAGCAAUUAUUACGAGAGCAUGUAACUCAAAUUUUACAAAAAGGGCUCGAUCAACUUUUAUGUGAAUUUCGAUUGGAAGACUUGUCCCUUUUAUUUAAUCUUCUAAGUCGUGUUAAAAACGGCUUAGUUGAUUUAUGUUCGGCAUUCAAUGCCUACAUUAAGAAGAAAGGAAGAACUAUAGUCAUUGAUCCGGAAAAGGAUAAAACAAUGGUGCAAGAGCUUUUGGACUUCAAGGAUUCCAUGGAUAAUGUAGUGAAUAAUUGUUUCCAUAAACAUGAACGAUUUGGUAAUUCUUUAAAGGAAGCAUUUGAGAAUUUCAUCAAUCAACGAACCAACAAGCCAGCUGAACUAAUCGCGAAAUUUGUCGAUUCAAAACUGCGAGCAGGUAAUAAAGAGGCAACUGAAGAAGAACUGGAGCGUUUAUUAGAUAAAAUAAUGGUUCUAUUUAGAUUUAUACAUGGAAAAGACGUUUUUGAAGCAUUUUAUAAAAAGGAUCUUGCUAAACGUUUAUUAGUUGGUAAGUCAGCCAGUGUUGAUGCAGAAAAAAGUAUGCUCAGUAAACUAAAACAAGAAUGUGGAGGUGGAUUUACAUCUAAGUUGGAGGGAAUGUUUAAAGAUAUGGAACUGAGUAAAGACAUAAAUCAAGCCUUUAAGCAACAUCUAACUGUUAACAGCAGAGAUCUACCGCAAAUUGAAAUGACGGUCAGCAUUUUAACAAUGGGAUAUUGGCCAACUUAUCAACCCAUGGAAGUGACUUUGCCUGAUCAAAUGGUUAGACUACAGGAUGUCUUUAAGGAUUUUUACCUCAGCAAACACAGUGGUCGCAAAUUACAAUGGCAACCCACAUUGGGCCAUUGCGUUCUCAAAGCCUCAUUUAAACUGGGGUCAAAAGAGUUAGUUGUUUCCCUUUUUCAAACUUUAGUCCUCAUUUUAUUUAAUGAUUGCUACGAAUUAGCCUUCGACUAUAUCAAAGAAGUGACAAAUAUAGAAGAUGGGGAACUAAGAAGAACUCUUCAAUCUUUAGCUUGUGGAAAGGCCAGGGUGUUGAUAAAGAUACCGAAAGGAAGGGACGUGCAAGAUGACGAUCGUUUUCGCUUUAACGAUGAAUUUACUAAUAAAUUGUUCCGAAUCAAAAUCAAUCAGAUUCAAAUGAAGGAAACGACUGAAGAACAAAAAGCCACUGAGGAGAGAGUAUUCCAGGAUAGGCAAUACCAAAUUGAUGCUGCUAUAGUGAGAAUAAUGAAGAUGAGAAAAACUCUUAGCCAUAAUUUACUGAUUAGUGAGCUUUAUAUUCAGUUAAAGUUUCCCGUUAAGCCCGCUGAUCUGAAAAAGCGCAUCGAAUCCUUAAUCGACCGUGAUUACAUGGAAAGGGACAAGGACAACCCUAUCCAAUACAACUACGUUGCCUAAAGCUGUCUGGAAGUUUUAUUUAUAGUUAAUAUUUGGUUCGAUAUUUAUUCAACUACUUUCACUAGCUUGAGGCUAAGGAACAUCUAGUCUGAUUUUAUUUGACUGUAUAUAGUUGGUCUUGAGCAAUUUUCCUGUUCUGGAUGUAAUAUAGAUCAAUUGAAAUUAUUUUAUAAAACAUUUUGGUAACCUUUCAAAUCUCUGAAUCUUUUAAAUGUCCUCACUGCAGUUUGUUUGUUAGUAAAGUUUCAUAAUAAAAUAUUCUUUCAUA